CAGCUUCAGAAAUCACUAAUGGCCAACUAUUCUAAUAAGAUUCGACCCUUACAUUACCAGGAUGAAACAGUUUAUAUUUACAUAUCGUUUUAUCUGUCCAGUCUAAUUGAAGUGGACACUGUCCACCAGCGGCUGGUUACGGCCGCACACCUUGGUGUUGUGUGGGUUGACGAGUUUCUCCAGUGGGAUCAAGAAAGUACAGGAAUCGAAGUACUGCACUUCAAACAGGGGGAUAUUUGGAUACCCGAUUUGGUACUUAUGAAUAGCGUCAACACAUUUGAAGAAAUGGGCGGGGAUUUCUAUUACGUCACAGUUAUACCGGACGGCACUGUUUACUGGUACCCGUAUCAAGUGUUCGAAAGCAAAUGUGAAAUAGACACUACCUAUUUUCCUUUCGAUAUUCAGACCUGCAAGCUGUCUUUUAUCAGUUGGGCCUUUGGGAAGGAGGAAGUGAAUGUCAGCAUAUUUAAAGAGAAUGCUCCGAUAGACUACUAUUUCUAUGUCAAUAACCCUGUGUGGGAGAUCAAAGAGACAACAUCGCACUCAUCUGUACAGGAAUCCAGCACCAUGAUAACAUUUACUCUGGCUUUGCGGCGUAAGCCUAAAUUUUAUGUCAUCAAUUUGAUCUUGCCGAUCAUUCUGUUAGGGGUGAUCAGUCUUCUAGUAUUCGUGGUGCCCGCAGACGCAGGUGAGAAGAUGUCGUUUGCGGUGACAGUUUUCCUAUCGUUUGCCGUCUUCCUGUCCAUCAUUAGUAUGCAUAUUCCGAUUGAUUCAGUAAAAACGUCAAUGUUGGAGGUAUAUCUCACCCUGCAAAUGUCACUCGGAAUGUUCAUGAUAUUUAUUUCGUCAUUUCAACUCAGGCUGCACCACCGGAAGUCCCACAGAAAGAUUGGCGCGUUUUACAGAGGAGUUGUGCGUAUUGAAAGAUUCCUGAGAUGUUCCGCAUGUUUGGGACCUUCUUCACUUGAAACAAGCGACAGAGUGGAUGAAAUAGACUGGAAUGACGUGUCGUCUGCGAUUGAUUUCUGUUGUUUCUGGAUUAUAUUGGUGUCACAAAUUGUCAUAGCAAUAGUCCUUUUUAUGAGUUAUAUUUGACACUGUAAAUCUUUCAUUGAAGAAACCAGCCUUUAUUAACAUUAAUUAAGCUAAUGGAAAACACAGCACUGAUUGUAAUAUUUUAUAAGCAAAAUUGGUACCGUAUAAGUUUUACAUUAUGACCCCUGGGUCGAGGCCUCUGCUGGUGGACUGAUAAUCCCCGAGGGUCUCUACAGCCCAGUAGUUAAGUACUUGUUACUACAUGUAGCUUGAAAAUACGGAUGUAUAUUUAAUUGCUGUUAUA